UGCAGACUAAAAACUUACUCUCUGGUGCUACACUGCUGGGACUAACACUGUCCAGGAAUACAGACCAGGACUAAAAUAAGAUUUGAGUAUUUAGCUUCCAAAAUUAAAGGAGAGAGAGAGACAACAGGAAGGAAGAUACAAGAAUAACAGAUCUGCACGAGACGCAGGACAUCUUCUGUUAAUCUACUGCGCAUCUAUUGUAUAUCUACUGCCAGCAGCCAUGGUUCUGGAGGAUAACGAGAACGACUCUGUCUUUGAGCCCCAGGUCACUGAGGAGUUUGUGGAGACCCAGUAUGGGAAGGUCCACUGCACCAUUACAGGGACCCUGAAAGCAAACCGCCCGGCCAUCCUGACCUAUCAUGAUGUGGGACUGAACCACAAAUCCUGUUUUGAGACUCUCUUCAACCAUGAGGACAUGCAGGAAAUCUUGAGACAUUUGCCUGUUUGCCACAUUGAGGCCCCAGGACAGCAUGAGGAAGCCAACACCCUCCCAACUGGGUAUACCUACCCAUCGAUGGAUCAGCUGUCUGAGACUCUGCCCACUGUCAUCAAGCACUUUGGGCUGAAGAGCGUGAUUGGACUGGGAGUUGGAGCAGGCGCCUUCAUCCUGGCCAGAUUUGCUCUGAACCACCCAGACAUGGUGGACGGUUUGGUUCUGAUCAACAUCAACCCUAAUGCUGAAGGACUGAUGGAUACUGUUGCAAAUAAGAUCACUGGAUGGACACACACCCUCCCCGACGCAGUCAUUGCACACUUGUUUGGGAAGGAUGAGAUCCAGACCAACCAUGACCUUGUUGCUACUUACCAUCACCACAUCAUGACGACAAUGAACCAGUCCAACGUGGGUCAGUUCUUCCGCUCCUACCAGAGCCGACACACCCUGGAGGUGGAGAGGCCCGUUCCUGGAGGCAACACCAACACAAGGACACUCAAGUGCUCUGUCCUGCUGGUUGUAGGAGAUAGUUCUCCUGCCGUGGAGGCCGUGGUUGACUGUAACUCCAAGCUCAACCCCACCAAGACCACACUGCUAAAGAUGGCCGACUGUGGAGGACUUCCUCAGGUGGAUCAGCCAGGCAAACUGACUGAAGCCCUCAAAUACUUCAUUCAAGGCCUGGGAUACAUGUCCAGUUCCAGUAUGACCAGGCUUCGCUCCCGGACGACCUCCAGUUCCAGCGUCUCGUCCUUUGAUGGCUCCCGGGGCCGUACACACACCAAUGACCUGCAGCGCAGCCGCACACACUCCCACAACACCGAGGAGAAGCGCGGGCGCUCGCACACUGACGUUUCCAUGGACAGCAUCUCCAACAGCAAUGUGGACCAGGCCAUCCCCAAGUCCACAGAAGUGUCCUGCCCUUAACGCCCUUAUUGACCCCUUAUCCCUCUUACAGUGUCUGCAGUUAUUUUUCCUCAUCCUAUCCUUUAUCUUUGAUUAUUUCCUCCUGCCCUGUCCUUGCUGGCGCUCUGUUUGUCUGUAGCCAAAAAGGCUCUCUAUCCUGUCCUGUCUGUCCUACUAUGUAUGUCCCUAUCCAAUCUUCCAUCCACCUUCCUUGUCCUUCGUCUGUCCCUACCCACCCUCACUGCUGGCUCCUGCUCCUCGGCCUCUUCCUCUCUGAAUCCUGCUCUUUCUAUCUGACCGUUAUCUGUCUUCUCAUCUGAAUCCUUUAUCCCUGCCUGGCUGGCUUUAGCAAUCUCCUCUCCUCAUCUCCUUUCCUCUUGUCUCCUAUUGUCUCCUCUCCUUUCCUCUCCUCUCCUCUCCAGCUCUACAGAGCCUGCAAUAAACGGGCUCGUGAAACUGUCAUGUUUAUGAGGAAACAGUAAAAGCUGAAAUGUAUUCAUCUAAAAACGUGUAUUCAUGUAAGAUGAGUAUAAAAGAAAUGUCAGUGAAAAAUAUUUAUUGCAUAACUGUUGUACGUUCAAAACUGUAGGACUUUGUAUAUUCAUAAUAUGCUGUUAAUGGUGAGGCUGUUUCAAAAACAGAGAUGUGUGACUAUUCGGAAAGAGCUUGUAUUAUCAACUGAUGGAAUUUAUAAUGAACAUUUUACUUUAUACUUUCAUUCAUAAAACAUUGUUAUAAAGCUGCUUUGAGAAAUAGCGCUGUGUACAAUCAAGCUGUAUUCCUUAUUGUAAAGAUAUGUUACAUUCCAUUAAAUUUAUAAAUAAAGAUGAUUUGAUGUAA